AUGGCAAAUAUCUUGGAAAUGGAUAAAGGCGUCCAGCAUGCUGAGCAUUCCAGCUUGCCUGAUCAACUCAAUAUUGACGAGGCAGCUGAGUUGGCCAACGGCGCUGGGAACACAAAAUCCGCUCUUUGGACUCUCAGCAUGAUUCGCUUGUACGGUUGCUUGUUGAUUGGAUAUCUCUGCGCAACAGUGAACGGCUUCGAUGGUGCUGUCAUGGGUGGAAUCAAUGCCAUGACAUCUUACCAGAACUAUUUCCAUAUGGUGAGCGCGUCCUCCAGUACCGGGAUUAUAUUCGCUAUCUACAGCAUCGGUACUGCAUGUGCGGUCCCGUUUGUUGGCCCCACGAGUGAUCGCUGGGGAAGACGAGCUGGCAUGUUUAUUGGCGCGACCAUUGUCAUGCUUGGGACGCUAAUUACCUCUCGAGCGAUCAACCAUGGAAUGUUCAUGGGUGGGCGUUUCGUCCUGGGAUUUGGCGUCUGCUUUGUCAACGUCAAUGGACCGGUAUAUGUUGGCGAGAUGGCCCAUCCCGCUUGGCGUGGUCCCUUAUCCGGCCUUUACAACUGUUUCUGGUACAUCGGAUCUAUCGUUGCAGCCUGGGUGGUAUACGGAACGCAGACUCAGGCUAAUGGAUGGCGCACCCCCCUGUACUGCCAGUUUAUUGCAAGUGGCGUCAUCGCUCUAGCUGUCUGGUUCUUACCAGAGUCUCCUCGGUGGUUAGUAAGCCAUGGAAGGACUGAAUCAGCACGGAAUGUUCUCGCAAGAUACCACGGCGAAGGUAGCCCAGAGCACCCCAUCGUCAAACUACAGAUGGCCGAAAUGGAGCUCCAGAUCUCAACUGAGGGAUCGGAUAAGAAGUGGUGGGACUAUACGCAGUUGUGGAAGACUAGAUCUCACCGUCGUCGCCUGAUCUGUGUUCUCUCGAUGGCUCUAUUCGGCCAAUGGUCCGGCAACUCAUCCACCAGCUACUAUCUUCCCGUCAUGCUCGAGAGCGCAGGUAUCACCUCAGAGAGCCGAAAGCUUCUGCUGAACGGAAUAAACGCACCACUUUGCUUCAUUUCUUCGGUCAUGGGGACUAUGCUCCUCGACAAGGCCGGUAGACGUCCACUCCUCAUGUUCAGUCUCAUCUGCUGCAUCGUUUUCCUCGCCAUCUUGACGCCUCUUUCGAAGGUCGCAUCUGAGCACCCAGAACAAGGGUCAACAGCGAACGCAAGUAUUGCAUUUAUUUAUCUUUUUGGCAUUACAUACUCAUUUGCGUGGACUCCUUUGUCUCCCAUGUACGUCGUUGAGUGCCUCGACACCAACACGCGUGCGAAGGGAAAGGCCCUGGCCCAGUUCUUCACAGCCUGUGCUUCCGCCAUCAUCCAGUACGGCUCCGGCCCGGCUUUUGAGCACAUUAAAUAUUACUUUUACAUCGUCUUUAUCGGUUGGGAUCUGUUUGAGGUGGUUUUCAUCUAUCUUUUCUGGCCGGAAACCAAAGACAGGACCUUGGAAGAGCUUGAUGAGGUCUUCCAGGCACCAAAUCCUGUGAAGCGGAGUCUCGAGGCUAAGGAUCUUCAGACCGUGCUCAAUACUCUUCAUAUCGGGGAUAAGCAUUCGGACUUUUAG